AUGAAUAGAUUAUUAAUUACAGAAUUGGGGGAUGCUAUGAGAUCAGAAUUAAUUCAAUAAGAAGAACUCAAAAAGAAAAAGACUAUUUUAAUAAGUAGAGAUUCACUUCCUGAAAUCAAAUAAACAGGAAUAAUAAAUUCUUUAUUACUAGACAUAGAUGAUAAUCCAUUAUAUCGUAAGAGCCUUUCAGAUGUUGCUUUAUUGAAUCUAACAAAAGCAGCAAAUAUAUCAUUAAAUGGAUCUCAAAGUAAAGAUAUCUUAGAAAAACAUAUAAGAGAGGAUUUGUAAAUUCCAAAGAAAAAUGAUUAUCUUAACCAUUAUCUUAAUAAACAAGUCGAGAAAAUAGUGGAUGAUAAAAGUAAAUGCAUUUGAAUUAAUUAUACUUUAGAUUCCAUGACUAAGAGAAGGAGAUACUUAUUAGGUGAAUUAAAAAGGAUCGAAAUAAAAGAGACCAACCUAAACAUUAAAAAUAGAAUAUCAACAGAUUAAUCUAGAUUAAGCACUAUUGUUGAAGACAUUGAUAGAGAGAAUAAAUUGAUGGCUAUAAUAAAUACAGAAGGUAAGUUACUUUAAUUGUAAAAGAGAUAUGAUAAAAAGAAAUAAGAUGAUGAAAUCUUGAAAUAAUAAGUGAAAUCUAAUUAUUUCAAACAUAAAGAUUUAGAAGAAAUCCAAAUUGAAUCACUUCCAAUAUUAAAUUAAGAACAAUUAGAAUAAGGAAUUCAAAAUUUGUAUCAUAAUACUGAUUAGUCUGAACAUCGCUUUUUAUAAAGAUUACAAGAUAAACACAAAAAGAUUACAACAUAAGUUUGGCAAUAACAUCAUUUUCCAAAAAAACAUAAAAAGUGGAUAUCAAUUUCUAAAAAGUUUUGA